AUGAAAGUUAAUGAACAUAAAAGGAAAAUAGCAAACCUUUGUCGAUUUUGUGGCAAGACCACCAAAUUAAAAAGUGCUAAAGCCAAAGAUAACUUCAAGAAUGAGUUUGCAACAGGUUAUGGCAUUGUUAUUGAAGAAGACAAUGACUUCAUACAUCCACCAUGUGUUUGUCUGUCAUGUGUGAGACAUUUUUAUCGCUUAAGAGAGUCAGCUUCAAGAGAAGAACCUAUUUCUGCUUUGAGUAAUACUCCAUGUUCUUGGAAGCCUCACACAGAAGAAAGCUCAUGCAUUUGCAACAAAAAAGUAGGGAGACCAGGUCUGAUUAAGAAAAGGAAACGUGUUGAAGUGGCAAGUGGAAGUGACACUGCAAGUGGGGAAGAAGAAGAUGAGUAUGAGAAAGCUUCUUGUGACAUUUAUAGCAUCAUAUCAGAGAAUUUGCAUCUUAUUGAUGAGGAAUUAGCAAGAGCAUUAUGUCGCGAUCUUUGCUCCCGUUUUGGUCUUGUCUUCAUUGAUAAAAAAGACAUAUUUUCAUCACUGAAAAACAUUGAUAGACAGCUACUAUUGAAAUUAGUUGAAGCUAUCUUUUCCCUUGAGAGAGAAAACUUGCAAGCUGACAAUUGCGACCUAAGUUACAAGAGCAUUUGUGAUUUGCUGACAGUGACACCUGAAUCCUGGCUUAUGUCACAAAAUGUUGUCCUUAAAAGUGUGGUCAAUGGGUUGAGCGGUACAAAACCUGUCAAAAAGGUUACGGCUGUUGAUCAGAUGUACAGUUUGGUGAAGCCGAACUUUAUUAGUCCAAUAAUGUUUGGAGCUAACUUGGUUAUGUACUCCACUGCACGCAGCAAAAUGGCAGUUAACAUAUAUGGAAAACUGCAUCCAGGUGGACAAUACAAAACUAUGAGGUCAUGGCUUGAUGGAUUAACAAUGGAAAUCCCCAUGAUGCCUGAGAAUGACAUAUUAACUGCAAUAGACAACGACCAAGUUCUACUAAAAAGGUGGACCGUGCGCAAGGACAAUCAUGCACAAAUAAGUAUACUAACAAGUGUCUGCUGUGCAGAGGUUGGUUCCAUGGACCCUGUUCUACAAAGAAAUGAAAGGCUUGCACCAAGGUACAUGUAAAUUGUGUAAGAUAUAGGGUUAAAGUAAUUAUUAUUCACCUCUAUUCAAAUUUCAUUUUAGGAAUUUAAAAGUUGCCUUGAAGUAUUUUUCUUUGGUUAUACAAAGUCAUUUCAAACGAAACUCAGAUAGAGUUUGGCCUUGGAAAACUGCAUAUCAAUUUUGCUACCCCAAUUACAUGCAUUGAUUCUUUAUUCCAAAUAAUAUUACUUAGUACAUGUAUGUUAAGUGCAGCCACGAAUCCUUGGUUCUUUGAGUACCUUCAAUUGCUUAAUAAUUAUCCCCGAUUUGUCAGUUAAAAAAUACACUUCCCUUAGGCUUUCCUCACAUGGCUGUAAUUUUAUCCCAAUUAAAUCAAACUCCCAAUUUAUCAUUAUAUUUUUGCUUAUCCAGUGGCAUAUAUAUAUCUAGUCAAUUUCUGCCUAUAUUAUAACAAAGUACCGUACUGUAUCUUAAUAUUGUUUACACAGUUUGUGUAUUCUGGCAAAGUAAUUAUUUAAUCAUUAUUUUGCUAACAGCAAAUGGCCUGACAGAUUAGCAGAGGCCAAAAAUGACCCACUGAGGGAAAUGCAACUUGUCCAAGAUUGUUCUGCCAACAAUGAGGAUGUCAUGCUCUUACGUAAGGAGCUAAUAGAAAGAAGUACAUGUAACUCGUUAAUAAAGAAUGUUUUCAUUUGUUACUUAUCUGUAAGAAACUGAGUUUAUUAAUCAGGAUGCACAUCAUAUUUAUAUUAUCACUUUUGUUGUUUCUUGGUUUUCUAGAAUAAGAAAAUGAUUCAUGGCAUCCUCCACAAAGUUGUGAGAGAGCAGACAAAUUCUGAAGGCAGCUGGACAGAUGCCAUUGACAUGAGGGUUGCAGAGAUGCGUGUGUGCCCUGUAUGCAACACCAGCAUGCCAAAGACAAAGCGCAAAUGCAUUAAUCAAGAGUGCCGAGUCAGUUUGAGAAGUGCUGAAAGGGAAGCCAAUGGCACUGACAUCCUUGGGACUGCACUUGUUGCCCCUAUCCGCACUUAUCAUCACAGAGUCCAUGAAACAUCACUUGGGUUCCAAAUUUAAGAAGAUAAGGCAUUUGUUUACAACAAUGACGAGACCUGGGAAACUCAGAAUGAAUGGACUGAUGUCCCAAGUAGGCAUCCAGCAAAUCCUAUCAAGGUGCAAACUUGCGACCCAGUGUUUGUUAACCCCAAUUCAUUUGAUUCCACUAAAGAAGUCCUCAGGCGGGUAGGACAUGCUGCUUCCAUUUCUAGAUAUCAUCCAGACAAACCAAAUGCAUGCAAAUGGUUGAGUGUCACCAUGGAUGGAUCCCCAUAUUUGGUCAGUAGAACUGUGACACCGUCUAUUUGUGUUGUGAUUGUGAAGAAGAGGUUCUCAAAACAGAGCAAGAUGAACAUCGUGCUGAUGAACACAGGGGCCGCAGGGUUAAGUUCGUUCAAGAGUUCGACUGGGUGUUAUUGCGCAUUGGAAAACUGCACUUGGAAAUGAACAUGGCAAAGUCACUCACUAGCCUUUACUGGGAUGUGUUCAUGUGUGAUCUGGCCAAAGAGUUGGGGUUUAAUUCUGAAGCAGCUCAGAAGUUUGUCAAAAAAUGCUCUGAUCAUCACAAAACAAUGUCUAUUUUGAAAGUGGCCCACCUUGGAUUCUGGUAUGAACUUCUUGUACCUUAUGUACGUAGCCGCCUUGCAUCUGGGACACCACUGUCAGUAAAUGACUUUUUGUAUGAC